UAUGUCCAUGUGGAUGGUUCCUCAGAUUUCGAAGACUACAUGGACCGCAUGGAGUAUUUUUUCACGGUGAACUCAAUCACUGAGGACAAGAAAAAAGCAUCGGUGUUUAUCACAUUUGCCGGGAAGGAAGUGUACAAGGCACUUAAAGCUAUUGUCCAGCCGCGAAAAGUGCAGGAUUUGACCUACAAGGAGAUAAAGGAAGUGCUGAUGGCCAAGUUUGUACACAAAAAGAGCCAAAUUGGAGAGCGAUUUAAGUUUCAUCAGAGGUUUCAAGAAGAGGGUGAAUCAAUUAGUGAUUUUGCCACCGAUUUGCAGUAUCUUGCACAGUCAUGCUCUUAUGGAAAUUUCCUGGAUGAGGCGCUUCGUGACCGGUUUGUGUGCGGGUUGCGUAACAGUAGAAUCCAGACAAAGUUGAUUGACGAUGACCAUAAGAAAUUCAAUGAUGUGCUGCAAAAGGCUUUAAACAUGGAGCUUACUGAGGAAAACGUGAAACUUAUACAGCCUACAACGUCAUCAAGCAUCGCUAAAGUGUCAAGAUAUUCAGGAGAAAGACGCAAAGUCUUUAAGAAGGACUAUGAACGUGGAAGUGGGAGAGAGACACCAGCAGAUUCGCAUACUGAGCGAAAGGGUGAAAAGAGGAAGGCUGGAUCUCCAUACAUUCGUUGCUUCAAUUGUGGAAAGUGGGGAUCUCACAUAGCGGCAGAGUGUAAAUCCAAAGGGAAGAGCUCCAACACCAAGAGAGAAGAGAGAAAGCACAAGGAGGUGAAGGCGCUGCACUCAUACAGAGAUCGCUACAUCGACACAGAAUCAGACUCGGACUCCGAUCGUUUGGGAGAGAAAAUUCAUUCUCUGAGAUUGUCAUCCAUCGUCAAAGCAGCUCGACUGGAGCACAAAGCCGAGAUGGUUGAAGAGGAUAGAAACGCAUCGGUGAGUGAUCCCGUUUUCUUAUGGGUACAACCACUACCCAACGACGACGAUGAAGACCUCACCGAGUAGUCUUCUUUUGAGGUAUGAGCCUCGGACGACUGUAAGCGUACUAAAUGAUAACCUACCUAGCGAUCACCCGGACGAUACUCAAAUACAGGAUCCACGAGACAAUGAAUUGGAGAGGGAGAAAAGGCCACGAAGGCGAAAAUCCAAAAAGGACAACAAUUCCAAUGAAGUGAGGGAGAGCAGGAGUACUGAAUUACUGGAGGAAGGACAGCGCGUAUAUUAUUGUUCACCGCAUGGAUGGAAGCACGCAGUAGUCGAAAAACGAUUAUCUAAAGUCGUUUAUGUUAUCGUAGUUGACGGAACAAGGCUAAAGGCCCAUAGAGACCAGCUGAAACCUGUGAAGGAGAGAAUGCUGUUGGGAACAGGAGUAGUCACUGAAAGACGCAGCAGUUCUUCGAGACCAAGCACUCCAUUUACUCCACCGCAACGACAUGAGUCGUCGGGCGAUGAUGAUGUAUUUUAUAGCCCAUCACCGGACUCUCAUCCUACGCCAAUUCCAGCUCCUAGUACCACCCCAAGGCGUAGUAGCCGCCUUCGAUUUAAAAACAAAGUUAACUACAAAGAAUAGAAUUCCUACCUAUUGUAUUAGAAUUCAAUGUUAGCGGGGGGAAAUGAUGUGUACCGUUUAUCCCCCAUAUAAAUCACACCACUUGUAAUUAUAAGCUAGUCUGAAAUAUACCACCAUUGAAGUAACAUAU